AUGGAUCCACCACAUCUAUGCCUCAAGUAUGCGGAGAAGAAUGCAACUAUUUAUAUCGAGAGAUGGAUUUUAGUACAUAGUGGACCAUGUAUUGAAAGACAAGAACUAUCAUUUAAGCCCAUGAGUAGUGCUGAUGAACCUGUUAGCAGGAUGAGCUGGUACUUUACAGAAUUGGAAAACUCUUUAAAGAACCAUACGACACUUCCACCUCUUGAUGAAUUUCCAAAGAUA